AUGUUUCGAUCCUGUCUAACCCCAUUCAGGCGCUUUGCAUCUCGCAGUGAUGGCGACAUUACAGAUGUCCAACGGGCAAGGGAUUGGCUUGCAACCCUUAGCUCCAAGACCCUCCCCCGCCAUAUCUGCGAGGUCUCCUUUAGUCGCUCUAGUGGCCCGGGCGGGCAGAAUGUGAACAAGGUCAACUCCAAAGCCACGUUGAAAGUACCAUUGAAUUCCCUUCUGCCACUGGUGCCCCGUCUCCUCCACUCUGAGCUGCGAGCUUCGCGCUAUAUGACCGAUCGGUCCCAGAGUCUGAUCAUCCAGUCUGAUGGGGAACGGAAGCAGUCCAACAAUGUGGAGGCCUGCUUUGAGAAGUUUUACCAGAUCCUGGAAAGCUCGGCAAAACAGGUCAUUCCAGGGGAGACGUCCGAGGAGCAGAGAAAGCAUGUACAGAACCUGAAGCGUGCUUCAAACGAAGCUCGACUCAAGUCCAAGAAACUACACAGCAGUAAGAAAAGCAGUCGGAGGACUAAAUACGAUGAUUGA